UCGCGUCCGUCCCGUCACGCCACUGGGGGCGGGAUCGGACGAUGGGCCGCUGCUUAAAGCAGCUCCCUGACGGGGAGGCGGCCCGUCCGCACCAUGGAGAGAGUCGUCCUGGUCACCGGAGCCAACAGCGGCAUCGGCCUGGCCCUGUGCGAGCGCUUGCUGACCCAGGACAGUCAGGUCCGGCUGUGUCUGGCCUGCAGGAACAUGCAGAGGGCCCAGGCGGCCCGCGCCGCCCUGCUAGCGUCUCACGCCGGCGCCCGGGUCGACCUGCUCCGCCUGGACGUGGGCUGUGCCAGCUCGGUGAUCAGCGCCGCCGAGGAGGUCAAGGCCAGGUACGCCCAGAUUGACUUCCUGUACCUGAACGCAGGGAUUAUGCCCAACCCAUCAGUGGACAUCGGGGCGUUUUUCAAAGGCCUUUUUUCCAGGAACGUUAUCAACAUGUUUGCCACAGCUGAGGGUAUCUUAACUCAGGAGGACAGACUCAACUCGGACGGCCUGCAGGAAGUUUUUGCUACUAACCUUUUUGGUCAUUUUCUCCUGAUCAGGGAGUUGGAGCCUCUUCUGUGUCGGCCGGGUCACACAUCCAGAGUGGUGUGGACGUCUUCCAGUAACGCCCGCCGCUCUGCCUUCAGCAUAGAGGACAUGGAGCACAGACGCGGGACGGAGCCCUACAGCUCUUCUAAGUACGCGUCGGACAUGCUCAGUCUGGUGCUGAACAGACACAAGAACAGCCAGGGUCUGUUUUCAUCUGUGAUAUGUCCGGGACUGGUGAUGACUAACCUGACCUACGGGAUCCUCCCCUCCUUCUUCUGGACUCUCAUCAUGCCCGUCAUGUGGCUGAUUAGGAUUUUCACCAACACUUUCACUCUUACGCCAUACAACGGGGCAGAGGCACUCCACUGGCUGUUCCUUCAGACCCCAGAGUCUCUGGAUCCCAGAGCCAAGUAUCACAGUUUAACGUCAGGACUUGGAACAAACUACACCCAACCUCGACAGAUGGACAUCGAUGACGAGAUGUCCGAGGUCUUCUUUUCCAAACUUCUUCAACUUGAGAAAGCAGUCAGGAGGAAACUGAGCGAGAGAAACGCUGAUGACAAAGCUUAUCAGAAGUAUGUCUAUGAGAUAGAGUAGCAGAGAGACUUUAAAUGGAGACUAUCACUGCUCUUAUUCAUUACAUCUUUGCACAGUGGACUAAUCAAUAUGAUGUAUUUCUUUGAAAUGAAACAAAUCUACUUCUUCUACCUCCGUUUGGUCUCAAUUUUUGUUUUUUGAAUGAAUCCAGCUGAUAACCACGUUUGUACAUGAGCUUAGCACCUACGGGAAACCUAUUAAAAGUUGCAACUGUAAACCAAACAAGCUCUUGAAA